GCCUCUGGAAGUGUGGCAUCGGGUCGUUGUUGCGUGGCGACUGGCCGGUGUGCGCGCUCGGCUCGUUCUCGGUGUCGGCGUGGCUCGGGUCGGAGAGCGGCGCUAGGGCGGUCCGCCAUGGUCCAGGAGGCGCUGGAGGCCCUGCGGAUGGCGACGGCGACUCACAGUGAUGUCAAGUGCGAGCAGCUCGAGUGCUGCGCCGGCUGUAGCCUCAAGAUCACGGAUCGUUUCCUGCUGCGCAUGAUGGACGCCUCGUGGCACGAGGAGUGCCUCGUCUGCUCCGUCUGCCGCGUACGGCUCACCCAGUCCUGCUUCACCAAGGACAACAAGGUCUUCUGCAAGUACGACUAUGAGAGACUGUAUCUGGUCAAGUGCUCCGGCUGUGGCGAACGGGCGCUGCCGCACGAUCUGGUGAUGCGCGCACAGACUCAGGUCUACCACAUGCAGUGCUUCGUCUGCGUCGUUUGCUGCCAACUGCUGCAGAAGGGCGACCAGUUCGUACUGCGCCAGGGCCAGCUACUCUGCCGCGCCGACUACGAGAAGGAGAUGUUCAUGCUGCAGCAGACGCAGGGAGACUUCUGGGACACCGGUAUUCCAGGUCUGGAGCUGGGGGACGAGCCGGGCCGGCCGAGGGACGGCCGCCGCGGCCCUAAGCGGCCGCGCACCAUCCUCACCUCGGCGCAGCGACGCCAGUUCAAGGCCUCGUUCGAGAUCAGCCCCAAGCCCUGCAGGAAGAUUCGCGAGGCGCUGGCCAAGGAGACAGGGCUGUCGGUGCGCGUAGUGCAAGUGUGGUUCCAGAACCAGAGGGCCAAGAUGAAGAAGCUGCAGCGGCGUGCCAAGCAGCAGCAGGACGGCCAGGACAAGGAAAAGACCGACAAGAAGGACGGCGACGGCGAUAAAAAGGCGGAUACUGACUAUGCUGCCGACAGUCCGUACGGCUCCGGAACGCCCAGCGUUGGUCACCCUUACUCGCCGGACGCCCAGUCCAACGAGAGCUUCUGUGGUUCGGAUGACGUCAGCCUCGAGGACACGGCC